AGGUCAUUAGGCCUGCUCAAAUGUCUGGGCGCAGGUGGCACUGAAGCAUGGGGAAUUGGAGUGAUAUCUGGAGUGAUGUCUUUUUUUUUUUUUUUUUUUAUUUCACAGCAACACACUUGUUGGAAAGGAUUGAGUGACUAUUGUUGUUUUUUUUAGUUUAGAGAUGCAUCAAGCAGACGUAUCGGUCCUGUAGUACUGUAUUAUGGAGCACAAGAAUACAGAGAACUCGGUGUACUGUGUGGAGUAUGGAAAUGGAAAUGUGGCUUGUCCUGUCUUGCAAGUAGGCUCUGAUAACAUGCUGAUGCCAACAUUGACGUAUAAGGUGGCCUCACGGCGAGCUAUUGCCCUGAUCGUCAUCUUCAUUCUUCUGAUCCUGGCUGGAGGUUCAGCCCUGGCCUGGUAUUUUUUAGAGUACAGAGUUUGGGUCUUAGAAGUACAGGUGGAGCAGCAGUAUAUAGGCCAGAUCUCUAUCCUGAACAGGAACUUUUCCACCGCUCUCUCUUCCCACACCAGUCGAGCGUUCCGGGAGGAAGCGCGCAGCGUGGAGGCCAUGCUCGAGAAGCUUGUGAAGUCCUCAAAUGUGUUACGCUAUUUCAAAUCUGCGACCGUGUUUGGUUUUAGUGAAGGCAGUGUCGUAGCACACUUCUGGCUCAUCCUUUCUCUCCCUGAGAGUCAUGUUGGGAAGGUCACCAUGCAGAUAGUCAAUGAGAGCUUACUGGGAAUCCUGCAGAGCUUUAGAGAGACAGGUGAUAAGGAUACGGUUCAUUCAGAGGGAUACCUGCUUCAUCUGUCCUCAUUCUCCUUAUCAGAAACCCAGCCCAAAGUUAUAGAUUUUUUGCAAGCCUCAUUUGAUUGCUACCGGUAUCAGUCGGUGACUGACAGCAUUCCUGUUGUUCUGAAGGGACCGAAUACCCAGCGCUCGUCCUGUCUAUGGCACCUGAAAGCCCCUGAGGGCUCCCAGUUAGAGCUGAGGGUGGAGUGGCUACUACCUGAGUGUCGAGACCGGCUUGCUAUCUAUGACUCGAUUGCCCCUGCUGACUCCUCACUCAUCACCUCUCUAUAUGGCUGUAGCAGGCAUGAGCAGGUGGUGCAGGUUUUAUCCUCUGCUGAUUGGAUGACAGUGGUGUGGAAACAGGGCCAAUACAACUAUAAAGACCCGUUCUCCCUCUCUGCUCAGGCCUGGCCCAAAAAGAAUUGCUCCUACGUUAUCAACUUGGAAAGAAUGGAAGGAGUUCAGGGGAACCUACAGACCCCGUUCUACCCCAGCUACUAUCCACCUAAUACCAACUGCACCUGGCAGUUCACUAUACCCUCGUCGAAUUAUGGACUGACCCUGGAGUUUGAGGGUUAUGAGCUGAGUCGAGCCAGUUACAAUCACAACUGCACACAAGGCCAGUGGCUCAUUCAGAACCGCAGAAUGUGUGGUACCAGGGCUCUGCAGCCGUAUGCUGAGCGACUCUACCUCCACUCCUCCACCACCACCGUUUCCAUGACGUCAGAAGUGUCACUCACAGGGCCUGGCCUCCAAGUCCAUUACAGCAUCUUCAACCAAACAGAUCCCUGUCCUGGUCAGUUCCUGUGCAGUGUCAAUGGUCUGUGUGUGUCUGCAUGUGAUGGGAUCUCAGACUGUCCUAAUGGUCUGGAUGAGAGAAAUUGUGUGUGUAUUGCUCAAUACCGCUGUCUCAGGGACAGUCAGUGUGUAGACUACUACAAGUUGUGUGACCAACAUCAGGACUGCACUGAUGGGAGUGAUGAAGUGAACUGCACAAUUGGAGUUCCUUGUACUGAUAAGACUUACAUGUGCGCUGAUGGCACCUGUUUGAAGAAGCAGAACCCUGCUUGUGAUUUUAUCAGCGACUGUCCUGAUGGUUCUGAUGAGAAAUAUUGUGAUUGCGGUCUGCGUCAGUUCAGUACUCGAGUGGUGGGCGGAGUCAAUGCGACAGAGGGGGAGUGGCCAUGGCAGGCCAGCUUGCAGAUAAGUGGACAGCAUAUCUGUGGUGGGGUGUUAAUCUCCCCUCAGUGGGUGGUGUCUGCUGCACAUUGCUUCAACGAUGAUCGUCUGUACUCGCCUUCCGUAUGGACGGUGUAUGUAGGUAAGCUGCGUCUGCGUACCUCCACUCAGACUGAGGAAGCUCUUCGUGUGACCCACAUCCACCUGCAUCAGUACUACGAUGAUGAGAUCCACGACUACGACCUGGCACUGCUUAGGCUUGAGAGACCCAUCUCAGCAGGCACACUGGCACUGCCCGCCUGUCUGCCCGAACCCACACACCAGCUGGAGCCCGGUCUGCUCUGCUGGGUCACAGGCUGGGGGGCACUCAGAGAAGGAGGUGGCAUUAGCGACAUUCUGCAGAAGGUCGGUGUGCAUCUGGUCAGCGAGGAGGCUUGUGUCCGUUCCUACGGAUACAUUAUCACUCCCAGAAUGCUGUGUGCUGGUUAUCGGCGUGGAGGAAAAGAUGCAUGUCAAGGCGACUCUGGAGGGCCGCUGGUUUGUCAGGAGACAUCCAGUCGCUGGUUUUUGGCUGGUGUAGUGAGCUGGGGCCGUGGCUGUGGACGAGCUGAUUAUUAUGGUGUUUACACUCGCAUCACCAAACUCUCUUCCUGGAUCAAACAACUCAUCGCAUCCUGACAUGCAGGACACACCGAUCCUAUUCUCAGCCAGGAGCUGUUGUCAGCUAGUCCUAGACUAGAAAGGUGUGUAGGUUUAAGUUUAGAGAAGGAAGAGAUGUGAGCUCCAGUAAAGUUGAUGGACUGCUAUGCUACAAUGAUGGUCUAAUUUUAACAUUAGGAUUCAUUAUUGUUUAUUAUUCCAUUGAAAAAAGUGAAAAUAUCUUGCUUAUAGUCAGAUUUAUAUCUGAUUUCCUUUUACAAGAUUACAUUGAAUUUAUUUACACAUUUGUUUACAAUGUGCAUUUCAACCCUGAAAAAUUGUAUUAUUGGCAGAUAUUUUUAAAAAAAUAUUAUUUAAAAUUGAAGCAUUAAAAAUAAAAACAUCUAGAAAUAAAUUGAAAGCUUUAUAUUGCAUAAAUGGAUCUACAAACAAGCUAUACAGAAAUGAGAUAAAUAAGACAUAUUUGCAUAUUUUCAAGAUAUUUUCACGUGCUUUGAUAUUUGUUUUUUUGCAGGGUAGAUCAGACCUAAAGAGUGUAUCGUAUAUUGUAUUGAGGAAAAGAAAGAAACAUUAAAAUAGGAGAGAUAGAGGAGUAUUUAUAGCCUUGGGCAGCUCAGUAUGGAAGGCUGGUAACUCUUUUACAGAGGAACUUUCACUGUGUUUCAGUUUUGUUCAACGUGUAACAAACCCACAUGUAUAUUCUGAAAGAAAACGUCCAAUUUUCACACAGAAUUAUUCUGGACAUAUUUUGGCAUGAGCCUUUUGGCCAUUGCAUCUCUAAAUAUCUCUUUUAAAAAUUCUAUAUUUUUAUAUAUGAAUUUUAAAACAAUUUAAAGUUGCAGACAAAAAAAACUAAAAAAAAAAAAAGUCUAUAAUAUUGCAUAUUCUUUAACUUUUAUUUAUUAUCCAUUCACAUU